AGUAUGUUGGAUAAGGACUCCCGAGAAGAUUCCAUAAUUAUGCUGAAAGAUCUUAUGGAAAAAGAAUUGGCUAAAUCUGAGAAAGAAAUCGAAUCCUUCGGUAAAGAAUUCGAAAACCUCGUUGAAAGUUGAAGAUACACCAUUACCCAGAAAUAUAAGAAAUUAGCUUGCGAGAUAUCGAAGAACAUAUUAAACCAGGAUCCUGAGCUGCUCAUCAAUUCAACUAAACAUGCAAGUAAAGACACGACUGAGUUGUUCAACCGCUUGAGUGCGUGUAUCCAGAACUGUCAGAGGGAUAGUAAUAACUUUGAGUAUCAGUUCAACUUCUUCAAAAAUCGUUUGAUCUCUGUAUAUAACAUCGUUUUGUACAAAAUACCAAAAAUUAACUUAAACAACAACUUGAGUAAUUUCGAAGAAGAACAAUCUCGAAAAAGUUUAAGAGAUAUGCUCCAGUCGAUGACGGGGGUUGUGUUCGAGAACUCAGUGCCCCUCUCUGAAGACAACACACAGUCGAGCCUAUCUAAGCUGGAAAGCAUGGUCAACUCUUUAAGACUUUCGAAAAUAUUGAAAUCGAAUGAGCAGAAAUCCGAUUUCGCAUAUAAGAUCCUCAUCAAGAACAAUUAUGAACAACUGACACCUCUUUGGGGAAAGAUAGCAGAAGAUUCUGAGGAUAUCUCUGCAGAAGAGUUUCAUGAACAUUGUGAUAAGCAAGGCUCAAUUCUUAUUUUGGUUAAGACCAAAAACGGCUGUGUAUUUGGAGGAGUCUCUCCCCUAGGAUUCGAUUCUAUCAACAAUUACUUCGGAUCCGAAUAUGCUUUCUUGUUUUCAUAUGCAACUCCAACAGGAAGGGAACCAAUUAUUUGCAAGAUUAAGCCCGAAAAAGCUUCCUUUGCUGUGAAGAAUAAUGAAGCCAAGUAUAGCCCUGGCUUUGGGCAGUCUAAUAAAAGUGAUUUGUUUAUCAGCUUCAAGAAUUUAUCAAAAAGUUAUAGCCAUAUUGGUUCAGUCUACGAAUUCCCAAAAGAGUUUGUCAAGGACGAAGAAGGUUACAACACUCCAGAGACUUUCUUUACUGGUUUGACCACAAAUUGGAGAAUUGAAAAUAUUGAGGUGUUCUCAAUCGGAGAGUAACGGUAUUUAUAAUCCCUAUUAAAUAUUUC